AUGACCACCAGUGCUCCAAUGAAUACGCGUAAACGCAAGAAUCUAACUCCGAGUGAACGGGCGGAAGUCAUUGCCUUCCUACUGAAAGUCAGCAUCGAACUAGAGCCUCCGAUAGGUGCUAUUGCGGCGUUCUCGACUAAAUAUGAGUCCAGUGACGACCAGAUCGCCCGUCUGAAGGGCAAGAGCGGCCGGAAGACGCGGUUAACGGAGGAGUUCCGCCACGACCUCAGCCACGCUAUCGAACUUACGCCAUUUGAGGAACGAACUGACAUUCGCACUUUAGCGAGUUCCCUUGGUAUUGCCAAGUCGAGUCUUCACGAUUACUUUCUUGCUGGUGCAUUUCGACGUCACACCACGCGGCUAAAGCCGUUAUUGUCGGAUCAACAUCGGGCUGAUCGACUCAAGUUCGCCUACGGAUUUGUACAUCGGGGUCCACGCAAUACGCGAGUGUUCGACAGCUUCAUGAACUACGUUCACUUAGAUGAAAAAUGGUUUUAUCUGAAGAAGGAGAACCAGGGAUUCUAUCUGGGAACGCACGAGGAACCUCCCCAUCUUACUGUCAAAAACAAAAACUACAUCGUCAAGGUCAUGUUCCUAGUUGCUGUUGCGCGCCCGCGGUGGGACAGUAAGCGUCACCGGAUUUGGGACGGCAAGAUUGGCCUAUGGCCAUUCGUUGUGUACGAGCCGGCCGAACGAUCAAGUAAAAACCGACCGGCCGGCACACUGGAGCUAAAGACCUACAAUGUCGACAAGGACGUGUACCGCCAGGCAUUGUGCCGGAUGGUCAUACCGAGCGUCAAAGCGGUUUGGCCAUCGGGCAAGCGCGUGUUUCUUCAGCAUGACAAUGCUAAGCCACACGUGGCUGCGGACGAUCCCGAAGUGGUUGCUGCUUGUAGUGAUGGUGGGUGGGAUAUGAGCAUUAAACCACCUCCAGCCAAUUCUCCUGAUUUCAACGUCAACGACCUCGGGUUCUUCACGUCAAUCCAAUCGCUACAGCACAAGAAGAAGGCAAGAACAAUUGAAGACCUGGUCAACAACGUCGAGGAAGCCUAUAGCCAGCUUGAGUAUAGCACUAUUGACAAAGUGUUUGUCACGCUACAGUCUGUGCUACAGGCGUCCAUGAACGUCGAUGGCUGUAAUAAGUAUCAGCUUCCGCAUCUAUCAAAAGAGCAGUUGCGCAUGAACAACGGUCUCCUUCCACCUUCAUUGACCUGCAACGACAAUAUUUACGACAAGGCUACGAUACUUUUAAGUUCGAUUGAACAGGAUAAAGAAUCCACUCCAGUAUUUGAAAUCAUCAAGACCACUAGGAAGUCCAAAAAGCCUCGGCUGUCACAGCACGAGAAAGGCAGAAUCGAGGAGCUGAGAGAAGGCGGGCUCAGCACUCGUGUCGUUGCCCAGAAGACAGGACGCUGCACCCACACGGUCCGGCGAAUCACCGCGCCCGCCCAGCCUCGCGCCGACCCCGCCCGUCCGGGGUCACCACCAGCAUUGUCGGACCGGGACACCCGUCGUCUCGUCCGCGCCGCCUCCAGAGGCGAUUCCUCGGCCGCACAGCUCAAGGCCGACCUCAACUUUCCCGUCUCGGUGCGCACCAUCCAGCCCACCUUAGCUAAGGUGGACCGGUUGGUGUACACCAAGAUGGUAAACACGCUGCCGCUCACACUUAAGGACUAUGGUAUGGAUUUUAUCUACCAACAGGACAACGCUAGUAUUCACGUGUCUAAGCGAACGAUGGAGUUUUAUUCUGAGCAAGAAAUUCAAGUGCUAAAUUGGUCCUCCAAGUCUCCGGAUCUCAAUCCGAUUAAGAACUUGUGGUCAAUUCUAAGUAGAAGGGUGUAUGCGAAUGGCAGACAAUUUGACAGCGUGCAAGAUUUAAAGGUAGCGCUGUUUGACGCGUGGGAUAACAUUCCUCAAGCUCUGCUAGUGUCUCUGGUUGAGUCGAUGCCACGCAGAUGCGUGGAAGUCCUAGCUAAAAACGGUAACAAGACACACUAUUGA